AUGCUUGGUGCAAGCAAUAAUGUCUUCGUGCGAGGUCUAAAGAUUCAAAAGCGUUUUUUUCGCGCAAGAGGCCCCCAACUCGCGGUUAAUACCAAAAAAUCCUACGCAGAACUCCCCAAUACCUAUAUUUUACCUGAUGGGACGCCUGCACAACCCCUUGAACAAUGGCAUGCUAGCACCCAAGCUGAAGUCCUAGAAAGUAGCAAACACUCAAGAUCACGACGCCGUGUGGCAAAAGAAACAUUGAGUGCUAUUCAGGACACUUCAGAUGGGGUCCUAAAGAAACCCAAGAAGAGAAAAGAGGUUGAAGUUGUUGAUGACGAUGUUAAGUCGCGUCCGAAACGCGUCUCCAGGAAGGUUAAAGACGCCGAAGAAGUGGAGUCCACACCAGUUCCAAAAGGUGGUGUCCUGAUGCCCGAGAUUCUCGAAAACUUGCAGCGUUUUCCCCAUUGCAUCCUAUUCACCCGUGUUGGCAAGUUUUACGAAUCUUACUACGAUCAAGCGCAUGAAGUUGCACGUCUUCUCAAUAUCAAGCUUGCUUACCGAAGAUGGUCCAACAAAGUCGUUCCUUUCUGUGGCUUUCCCCUGCAACACAUCGAUAAAUAUCUCAAAAUUCUCGUUCAACAAAACGGUCGUUUUGUAGCCCUGUGCGAAGAGUUUCCGCGCUAUAAUGAGCGGGGAGUUGUUGCCUUUGAUCGGCGGGUUGCUCGUGUUGUCACUCCUGGUACUCUCAUUGACGAAUCUUUCCUCAACCAAUACGAGAACAACUACCUCCUGGCUAUUAGUCCCUCUGUCAAGGGCUCAGGACUCGGCUUUGCGUGGAUUGAUGUGUCAACAGGGGAAUUUUAUACGAAACUCGUUGCCUACGAAGCUCUUCGAGAUGAACUUGCACGAAUCGGACCAAGAGAGAUUGUGCUCGACAAAUGCUUUGAGCAUGCGCAACCACCACAAUUGCGAGAUGCUCUCAAGGAGGAGUCCCGCUGUAUUUCCUUCACGACUCCACAAGCGGACGCUCAAAUGGAGGAAGACAGAACCGAGUUUACACCGGUGGAUGACGUGACAAGUACUAGUAAUGUCCCGUCUGUGCCCCUCCUCUCAGAAUACUCGCAACUCGAACAAGAUGCCAUCAAUGUUCUGACGACGUACUUGCGGGUGAAUCUGCUUGACCACAUGCCAGCAUUGUCUAGUCCUGCUCGCGAGGGAGCAAUCCCUCGGCUUCAGAUUGACUCCCACACUAUCAAGGCACUUGAAAUUCGAGAGAGCCUACGGGAGGGUGGAGUGAAAGGCAGUCUUCUGAGCGCAAUCAAGCGAACGAGGACAUCCAGUGGCACGCGUCUUCUUGCACGUUGGUUGUGUUCGCCUAGUACUUCUCUUCCAGAAAUCAACGCGCGACAAUCGCUAGUCGCAUUCUUUUAUAAUCGAAGUCACUUCCACGAUGAUCUCAUUGUUGCUCUAGCGAGUGUCGAAGACGCAAGUCGGAUUGUCCAAAAGUUUUUGCUUGGAAAGGGGGAUGCCACUGACCUGCAUGCCGUUCGUUCAACAAUAGUGACAUGGAUGACCAUCAAGGCCCGCAUUUUACAAGAACGCCAGCAAGAGGAACUUGAAACAGGUCAAACACAACGGGGAUUCCAAGCAGAUGAAUGGAACAGUUUGGAUGCUCUUAUCGGUCGCAUGGCCAAGCUACAUGAACUCUCGGAUCACAUCGGCCGAGCCUUGAAACCGAAAAGUCAAAUCACAUCGUUUGAGUCCACAGACGGUGUUGACGACGAAGGGAUAGCUUCACAGUCUUCGGACCGUGACGGUAUAUCCGCUCGACCUGUCUGGCGCAUCGGAGACUAUAACUGGACGAUCAAGCCUGAUUAUUCAGAGAAGCUCUCUUCGCUGCAUAUUAUAUUGGAUGAUCUGAUUUUACGGCGGGAAGCUUUGCAGAACGCCCUCCAACUUAAAUAUGAUGCCCCAUCGCUCACUCUACGGUCCUCUCCAGCGCAUGGAAUGCAUGUCCAUCUUCUGAAAGCGAAGCGAGACUCUAAACAGAUCAAUCAAGAUCCAGCUUUCGUCAACAUUGCUGCGAGUGGGACAACCAAAUGCUAUUUCCAUGGUGAAUGGGCACAACUAGGAGGGCAAAUCAUUGAGACUGCUAAUGCGUUGACUAUGGCGGAGAAGGAAGCGUUCGAGUCUCUGCGUUCUCAAGUCAAUAGUCAUGCCCCUCAACUUCGCCGCAACGCACGAAUCCUCGAUGAACUCGAUGUUACUCUGGCGUUUGCGGAUCUGGCAAGGGAGAUGAGAUUCGCACGUCCGACCCUAACGGAAAGUCAAGUUUAUGAUGUGAAAAACGGCAGACAUCCUACCGUUGAACUCGGUCUCUUAACUAACGGACGUGUCUUCACUCCCAACUCUCUUCAGUUGACCCCCGAGUCACGCUUGCAUGUCAUCACUGGUCCCAAUAUGGCGGGAAAGUCGACUUUUCUGCGACAAAGUGCACUUAUCGUGGUACUCGCUCAGGCAGGCUCGUUUGUUCCUGCCGAUUCCGCAACCAUCGGAAUUGUCGAUAAGCUCUUCUCGAGAGUCGGCGCCAAAGACGACCUGUUCCAUGACCGAAGCACAUUUAUGGUGGAAAUGCUAGAAACCGCUGAAAUCCUGCAACGUGCAACGCCCCGAAGUCUUGUGAUCAUGGACGAGGUUGGCAGAGGCACUACCGUCAAAGAUGGUCUUGCGAUAGCUUUCGCCACAGUCCACCACCUCAUCACCUUCAAUCAAUGCCGCGCCCUUUUUGCAACUCAUUUUCAUGAGAUCGCCGACAUCUUGGGCUACCCAACUUUGGACAUUUUCAAAAAUGUCGGCUUUUUCUGCACGGAUGUUGAUGAAACCGACGCAAGCCUUCAUGAGCUACUCCGGUUGAUAACCUAA